UCGACCUCCUAAUACAAAAAUGUUUGACCAAAUUAAGGAACUAAAUAGUGAAUUUUUGGAAAGAACAUUUCAUUACUCUCUGCUCAACAAUAAUAAUUAUUCAGUUGUACCCACAAUAAUAUUUUUAUGUUGGACCUUCAUCAUUCUUUUUCUGAAUGUGCACACUGUUGCUAUUUCAUUCAGAAACUUGAAGACCUUAUUCUAUCAACAAAUAACCUUCCACUGGAUAUUUUUUUAUGUGGCAAGACUGUGGUUUCUUUUCAUUAAGUUUUCUAGAUGGCUCACAAUGAAAAUGGAUGUUCUCUUAAUUUCAUAUUCACCCAAAGACUAUGUAUAUGUAAGUCGUCUUCUGUCAAGAAUGUGUAUAUUUGUAAUUGUGUUAAGUGUAGCAAUUAUUCCAAUGUUAAUGUUAUUUAUGCAAGAAUUGUAUAGACGAGACAUACAUGAUUUUCUUAUAUGGUUGGGAGAAGAUCGUUGGUUACGUAGUGAAAUUGGUAUAUCCGGACACUAUCUCGAAAGGCCCUUUAGAGGAAAUGCCAGUGAAAACAAAAAAAUAAGACGGUGUAAAAGUAUGGAGAUCAUCAUAUCAAGAGUCAGACAUCAGCCUUUACGGCAUGUUAGAUCUAUGCACAGCAUCAGGUUCAAUAGUUUAUAAAAUAAAAUAAUAUUAUCUGUGUAUACGUGUUAAAUUAACAGUAAAUAAUAUAAAUUAACACUCGAUUA